ACUCCACAAUAACCUUCUUUAUUACAGGAUUGGAAAACUGGAGACCCGCGGCGCGCCGUUUGCCAGUUGCCAGUCUAUUUUUAAAGUGAUCGCUGAUCAUCUACGAUGAUGGCACGCACAUACCUGAUGUGUAUCCUUUUCAUAUUGACGUUAGUCCUGGUAUGUGAAGUCAUUGCCGACUGUCAACUAGGCGAAUAUGAAGAUGAGCGAGGGAACUGCGCCCAGUGUACUCAGUGUGGGCCGGGCGAGGAGCUUUCUGAGGACUGUGACAGUGCAAGAGACAUUCGGUGCGUGGCGUGUAAACCUGGGAGGUAUAAAGAGGAUCGCAGUCACCAGCGUUGCCUUAGAUGUCUGCCAUGUGUAGUUAUCAACCGGGUGCUGAAGGCUAACUGCACUUCUACUACAAACUCAGUGUGCGGUGACUGUCUACCAGGGUUCUAUAGCAAGACUCGUAUUGGAGGACUUCAGGAGCUGGAAUGCUUCCCAUGCACAUCUCACACGGCACUCACAAUAGCUCACUGUCAUUCGAGUCUAGGGUUUGGUCAACCAUCCAGUACAGACGCACCACCUCCUUCUCGGGACCCCAUCAUUUUAGUGGCGAUUAUAAUGGUGGCCCUGGCAUUAAUUUUGGUUACCUUGGUGACUUUUUCGGUCAUUUGCUGUGGGCGUUUCUUCAAGAGUCAAUGUCAACGAGUUUUCCAAAGAUCUCACGCUAUUGCAGGCCAGCAAAGAAGAUUAACCAGACAGCCGGGUUCUAUAAGCUCCCCCUGUGAGGAGCAGCCAAUCCCUGCAUUCUGCUUUGGAUCCACAGACACCUCUGGACAAGUGGCAGCAGGUCCAGUGGAAGAAGUCCAUGUGAUUUCAGACCUCGUCUCCUCCGGCCCCUGCAUGACGUCCAGCGCGUUACUUCCACCAUCGGUAGAGCUGUGUGCCCUCCCUCCUCCCCUCGACAAACCCAAGUACAGUUGGAGCGUCUCCGAAACUCAACCUUUGAUCCGCAACUCGGGCUGCAGCGACUGUUUCUCGGGAGGCGGGCCUUCCGCCGAAUACAGCCAAGGAGCCGUAGAGCCCGGCAAAGCCGCUCAUUCCUGUGCAUCGGAGCGCCAGCACUGGUCUCACGCACCCGUGGAAUGUACAGAGCUGGAUUUACAGAACUUUUCCUCCGAAGAGGGAUUUCCCCACCACGGAGGCCAAGAUCACUUAGGAGGCAACCAGAGGUCUCAUGCGGUGACAAAACUCCACAGCUGCUCGUGCAGUACGCAUGACGAUCCGUGUAUGAAAUCUGCAGAAGAGCCAAGGUCACGCUGCUGUGGAAACAUGCCUUGCCAGAAAAGGGGAGACGACGUGUCCUGCUUGAACACUGUCACUCUAGAACUUCCAGUCUCUCAGAUGCCAGACUCCCUGGUCGCCCUACUUGCACUAAAGCUGGACAGUUCCUCACCCGGACACAAAGAUUUCAGAGAUGUCGGAGUGGCACUAGGAGUGCAACCCUUUCUUGUAGAUCGCAUGCAAGGAUUCCAAGCUUUGCAUGCUCACUUGUCCACCACUAUGUCCUGUACACUGCGGCAGUUAGUACAGACUCUUCAGAGGCUGCAGAGGAGGGAUGCCUUAACCCUGAUUUACUUGCAUUUUAGCCAAUAGAGAAUGUUCCCAUAACUUUAAAUUGUCUUUGAGAUUCCUAAAGCACGGCAAGUGCUAAAUCACUUAAACCGUAUGCACUUCUAUGUGUAGAAUCUGUGGUGUCCGGACGGGGCAGCAUCCCAGUAACCUGAUUUUAAGUACGGGACCUGUAAGAAUUAUACGUGGUGACGGAAAGCCGAACAAGUGGAGCAGCAGAUGCUUCCUUAUACGCGGGAUUUUCAAACUACGACAUUGAUUUUAAGUGGAUAUUCUUUGUUCGAGGGUUGAUUAUGUUUUUAUUUUUUUUAACUACAAGAUGAACCAAGCAAAGUAAAUUAUUUGUAAAGUUCAUGAGAAUGCACAUUGUAGAUCUGCAAGGAAUAUUGGAGACUAGACCAGCCAUUCUCAACAAGGGUUUCCAGCGUUUCCUAGGGAUUUCUUGACCUGCGGCUGGUUGACCUUCCAUUUAUUGGCCCCUGCUUAGUUUCUUGAACUGUGGUGUGUUGACCUUAUAUUUAAUUGCCCCUGCAUACUUCCUUGACCUGUGGCUGGUUGACCUUCCAUUUAAUGGUUCCUGCAUAGUUCCUUGACCUGUGUCUGGAAGACCUUCCAUUUAAUGGUUCCUGCAUAGUUCCUUGACCUGUGGCUGGAAGACCUUCCAUUUAAUGGUUCCUGCAAAGUUCCUUGACCUGUGGCUGGAAGACCUUCCAUGUAAUGGUUCCUGCAAAGUUCCUUGACCUGUGGCUGGAAGACCUUCCAUUUAAUGGUUCCUGCAAAGUUCCUUGACCUGUGUCUGGAAGACCUUCCAUUUUAAUGGUUCCUGCAUGGUUCCUUGACCUGUGUCUGGAAGGCCUUCCAUUUAAUGGUUCCCACGUAGUUCCUUGACCUGUGGCUGGAUGACCUUCCAUUUAAUGGUUCCUGCAAAGUUCCUUGACCUGUGGCUGGAUGACCUUCCAUUUAAUGGUUCCUGCAUAGUUAAUUGACCUGUGUCUGGAAGACCUUCCAUUUAAUGGUUCCUGCAAAGUUCCUUGACCUGUGGCUGGAAGACCUUCCAUGUAAUGGUUCCUGCAAAGUUCCUUGACCUGUGUCUGGAAGACCUUCCAUUUUAAUGGUUCCUGCAUGGUUCCUUGACCUGUGUCUGGAAGGCCUUCCAUUUAAUGGUUCCCACGUAGUUCCUUGACCUGUGGCUGGAUGACCUUCCAUUUAAUGGUUCCUGCAAAGUUCCUUGACCUGUGGCUGGAUGACCUUCCAUUUAAUGGUUCCUGCAUAGUUAAUUGACCUGUGUCUGGAAGACCUUCCAUUUAAUGUUUCCUGCAAAGUUCCUUGACCUGUGGCUGGAUGACCUUCCAUUUAAUGGUUCCUGCAUAGUUCCUUGACCUGUGGCUAGAAGACCUUUCAUAUAAUUACCAUCUCUGGAGCCAUUACCACCUGGAAAAGCCAGCUGUAUAGCAUCAAUGAUAUUUAGCUAUUUAGAUAUUUAGCUGUCUGUUAAGGUGGCAUUCUUACCACCACUGCAGGAAAAGAAAUUCUAUCUACCAAUCACCAAUGUAAGGGGCACUUUCCCCAUAGACUUCCAAUGAUUUGGUUUUAGCAGGGGUUCCUCAAGAACUCAGCAUUAAGUCAAGGGUAACAGACCCGAGCACCUGAU